AUGUUAUUUCAACGAAUUCUUUUAACUAAAUAUAAUCCUUCAAGAUACUUUCAAUUUAUUCGUCUUGUAGCAACAUCAUCAAUACAAAUUGAAUUUAAAGAUGGACUUGCAAAUAUAGCAGUACCAUUACCAAGCAGAGGAGAAUCAUGUGUUUUUCAAUUAAAACCAUUUAAUACAACAGUUGGUGAUUUUAUUGAUAUAUUACAAAAAGAAGAUCGAGGUAUUGAUCGAGCAGCUAUAUACCUUUCCGAUGGAUCUCGUCUUUCACGAAAUUCACCGUUUGAAUUAAUAUUUGAAGAACCAUUUACAUUACGUAUUAAUGAAACAUCGUAUAAUGUUGAACCACCAACAUUAUUUACUUCAAAUAAAUCAGCUCGAGAUAUGCUUUCUGAUAUAUCAAAUUCUGUGACAAAACUUUAUCAUGAUUUACGUCUUAAUCAAUAUGUUAUGUAUCGUGAACUUGAAUUAGAAAAACAAUUAGAAUAUUUACGUGAAACUGCUCAACCACUUAAUGAACUUCAUCAUCAACUUGCUAAUAAAGCUAUUCGACGUUUAAAAUGGAUUCAAUGGUCAAUUUUUGCUGCAAUGUCAUUUCAAACCGGUAUCUUAUUUCGUUUGAUAUGGAUUGAUUACAGUUGGGAUAUAAUGGAACCUUUUACGUAUUUUAUAUCAUAUUCAGCUGUAUUUAUGGGUUAUUGUUAUUAUAUACUUCGUCGAAAUGAUAUGAAAUAUAUGAAUAUGUCUGAUUAUUUUUAUUUAAAAAUUUUACAUCGUUUAUUACGAAAGAAAAAUUUUGAUUUACCACGUUAUAAUGCUUUGAAAAAUGAAAUAAUGAUGGUUGAACAUGAUCUUCAACGACUUAAAGAUCCAUUAGAUCGUAUUAUUGGAACAUCAUAA